AUGUUCCUCCAGCGGCUGCUAUCCCGCACAUUUGCGCUUCUUCUUCCAUUCGCAGUCACCGCCACUGUUUACCUCUAUUUCUACCCCGUCUUUAAAGGCUGCGCAUUCCCCCUACCACAAUCCCACUCACAAACCGGACUCCAAUCUUGGAAACCACAUCACAAUGCCUUCAUAAAUACCCUCUUUCAACACCUCCGCAUAGCCCCGAACCCAGCCGCGGACACGCAAAGCCAAGCCGCAAUCUUCAGACUCCUAGUCCUCGCAGACCCCCAACUAGAGGGCGACACCUCCCUCCCAUUUCCCGAAUACGAACUAUAUCCGCGCAUCCAGACCCACUGGCGCACUAUCCAAGAAGCACUCGGCAACUCUUCAACACCUUCCUCCUCCCUACUAAAUGACACCGUCCUCUCAACCAUAACAACAGCCCUCCAAGCCCUCCUAAAAGAAGACAUUCCCCGCGCCAUCAACGCAGCCCUAAAACGCCUCGAUCUCUUCGGAAACGACUUCUACCUUGCCCACAUCUACCGCACCCUCUCCUGGUGGACUAAACCGACACACACAACCGUCCUCGGCGACCUAGUCGGCAGCCAAUGGAUCUCCGAUGAGGAAUUCGCAAAACGCAGCCACAGGUACUGGGAUCGAGUUUUCCGGGGCAGCGAGCGCGUCAGCGACAACAUCACUCGCACAGGUGCGAAAACUCAGCACACCACCGACAAAUCCCCGCCUGUUGAACUCCUCGGCAAGAACGCGGAUCCGCGCUGGGCCACGCGCUUGAUCAACGUCGCUGGCAACCAUGAUAUCGGGUACGCGGGUGAUAUCAGCGCUGCGCGGAUGGAACGAUUCGAGCGUGAGUUUGGGCGCGCGAAUUGGGAUGUCCGGUUUGAGUAUCCGGAUGCAUAUUCGCGUAAUGAGUCUGGGUCUGGGUCGGAGGGUGUAGUUCCUUCUUUGCAUAUGAUUAAUCUCAAUACGCUUGUGUUUGAUACGCCGGCGCUUUCUGGUGAGGUGCAGGGUGAUUCUUAUUCUUAUUUGAAUGAGUUGAUUUCGGAGCGGCUUUCGGCUGUUGAGGAUCGGUCGGUGUUUACGCUGCUCUUGACUCAUUUGCCGCUCCAUAAGAAGGAAGGCAUCUGUGUUGAUGGGCCAUUUUUCUCGUUCUGGGAUUCUGACGAUGAGGAUGGACCUGGGGGUGUGGCGCGCUGGCUGGAGGGUGGUCUGAAGGAGCAGAAUCAUCUUAGUGAUUUCAUUAGUGGUGGUGGUGUCUUGCAGGGUAUUUUCGGUCUCAGCGGUGAUGAAAAUGCGGUUUCUGGUGGGCGGGGUCGCAAUGGACUCAUUCUCACGGGGCAUGAUCACACCGGCUGUGAUGCUGUUCAUUAUGUCAACCGGACGGAAUCGGUCCACGGAGAGGAAGAAGAGCGGGUGGAUGAUGAGAGUCCUGCUAAGAAUUGGCACUGGGCUGCUAAGCGCUUUGAUGGGAGCCGUAUUGACGACCCUUCAAUCCGGGAGGUGACUCUUCGUUCUAUGAUGGGAGAAUUCGGUGGUAAUGCCGGUCUUUUGUCUGCUUGGUUUGACGAUGCUGCUGGACAGUGGGACUAUGAGAUCACCAUGUGUCCUGCUGGAGUGCAGCAUAUAUGGUGGGCGAUUCAUGUUCUCGUUCUUGUAACGGCAGGCGUGGCUUUGCUUAGGUUCGCUGUUGCGUUGACUGGAUCUGGACAUGGGACGAAGCGGGUGGUCUCUCCCGAUUCAUCAAAGAUCCAACAAGAGAAGACGCAGAGAGUACAAGAGAAAUGA